AUGUCCCACCUCUACAGCCACCGUCUGGCUCCGCUGGCCAGCUCCCCCAUGCUCUACCUGUACGGGCCGGACCGGGCGGGGCUGCCCUUGGGGUUCCCCGCCCCCUCCCACCUGGUGGGCCCGGGCCGGCCGGAGCCCCCCCAGAAGCCGCCCUACAGCUACAUCGCCCUCAUCGCCAUGGCCAUCAAGGAUGCGCCCGAGCGGCGGGUCACCCUGAACGGCAUCUACCAGUUCAUCAUGGACCGCUUCCCCUUCUACCACGACAACAAGCAGGGCUGGCAGAACAGCAUCCGCCACAACCUGUCGCUCAACGAGUGCUUCGUCAAGGUGCCCCGCGAGAAGGGCCGGCCGGGCAAGGGCAGCUACUGGACGCUGGACCCGCGCUGCCAGGACAUGUUUGAGAACGGCAACUACCGGCGCCGCAAGAGGAAGCCCAGACCGGGCCCGCUCGCCCAGGAGGCCAAGCGGAGCCGGGCGGAGGCGAGCGGCCCGGGACCGGGUGGGUCGCCCGGGGGCCAGCCCGGCCCCGCCUCCCGGGCGCCCUGCUCGCCCCCGGCCGCGCCCCCGGGCCCGGGCCCCCGGCUGCCCUCCCCGGCGAGGGCCGGGGCGGCCCAGGACUGGCCCCGGCGGGGCGAGGCGCGGACCCCGGCCACCCCGGCGGCCCCUCCGGCCAAAGGCGCGGACAAGCCCACGACUUUCAGCAUUGACAGCAUCCUGGCCGGCCGGCAGGGCCGCGCCAGCCCCGGGGACCCCAAGCGCCUGCACCCCGGCGGCUCCCUCCUGCCCAACUCCUCCGGCCUCUGCCCGGCCCUGGGCGCCUCCCUGAUGCUCCAGUCCCCGGUGCCCGGGAGCUUCUUCCAGCUCGGCCUCCCCUUCCUGUCCUACUUCCCCCUGCAGCUCUCCGACGCCGUAUUCCACUUCCAGUGA